UGUUUAAAAAAUGGUUAUCAGUUUGAAAGAAUAUGCUAUGGCACGUAGUCAGAUAGUAAAUUGGGAAGAAUUUAUAGCACAACACACUUGGGCUUCAAGUUAUCAAAAACCAACGCAUAAUAGAGUUCCUAGUCAUUGUGUCGCCAUAUACCAUCAAGUUGAUUUAGAUAAAAAAACAGUGAAAGACACUCUCUAUGUAACCACAUGGGACGAUCAAUUCAAAUCUGAAUUUAAGGAUCUUAGUCUUGCAUGGGUCAAAGAACAUUUUGUGGUAGAAGAAGAAGAUAUCAGACAGCUGGAAACACCAGAAGAAGCUAUCAUCAAGCCAGGAGGUGAAAUCUUCUUUUUAUUAGAGAGUACAGGUAGAGUUGCUGGUGUGGUAGCUAUAGUUCUUCAUGAGGGGAUAUGUGAAUUGGCAAAAAUGACGGUUAGAAAAGAAUAUACUGGCAAAGGGUAUGCUCAUAUUUUGAUGCGUGAAUCUAUUGAAUGGGCAAGAAGCAAAAAAUACCCCUUUGUCGAACUCAUGUCAAAUACGGUUUUGGAAAAUGCUAUUGUUUUGUACAAAAAAUAUGGUUUUGAAACUACCCAUCUUGGGCCUCAUUCUGCAUACGCUCGAGCCAAUAUCAUCAUGCGACUAACGUUCUAAGCAUAUUGCUGUCUCACAUUAAAUGCACAAACGUUCUCUCUCUUUUCAAGAAAAUCUUUUGACAAGUCUAUAUUUGAUACCACUUUUUCAGUCAAGCGAAAUAAACAAACUAAUAAAAGCCAUGAAAUACAAUAAAUGC